AUGACAGAUGUUCCAGUGACAUUCAGCCAGGUUGAGUGUAAUGGGGAUACGCCACCUGAAAACGGUAACCGACCAAUCACCAAGACAAAUGAAGUCAGUGAUGUGGAUGGCACCCCACCACACUACAGGGUAGAACCUGGUCUUGAAGGUUUACCCACAGAAGGAAACCAGGAGAAAAGUGAAAAAUUACAAGGGAAGAUGCUGCUCAACUGGUCCAAGGAUGAGAAGAUUCUUAAAGAAAAACCAGAAGAGAAUCUCUUUAUUGUUCAUAAGGCCAUCACAGAUCUUUCUCUCCAAGAAACAAGUGUCGAUGAAAUGACAUUCAGAGAAGGGCAUCAGUGGAAGAAGAUUCCUCGGAGCAGCAGCCAGGAAGCAAGCGCACAGAAGGACGAGCUUGCGGGGCAGCCUCUGGGGGAGAGAGGAGGCGAGGGCAGGAAGCACACAGUCUACCAGGCGACGGCAAUCGAGUGGCUGGGCUUUCGGAAACCUCGCCAAGUCCCUGUGCUGCACCACGAAGAGGAAGGGGUUUGGGACGAAGAAACGAACAAUGAAGAUGAUGAUGAAGAUGAAGUUCGAGUGAUAGAAUUUCGGGGAAAAAAUGAAGAAGGUUCUCGCAUAAAAGAGGAAGGUGACCCAAGUGAGGACUCCCCACUGAGCAGCCCCAGCUCCCAACCUGUGACGCCUGAUGAGCAGCCAGCUUUGGGGAAGAAGGGUGAUAUUUCCAGAAAUGCUUAUUCCAGAUACAAUACAAUAUCCUACCGGAAAAUCAGGAAGGGGAAUACCAAGCAAAGAAUUGAUGAAUUCGAGUCUAUGCUGCAUUUAUAA